AUGGAUGAAAUAGACGGUUCUCUACUAGAAGGGGGUGGUCAAAUUUUGCGAGUCGCCAUAACCUUAAGUGCUUUGAGGAAAAUUCCUGUUCGUAUAAGUAAUAUAAGAGGAGGUCGCAGCAAGCCGGGUUUAAUGGAGCAGCAUUUAAAAGGAGUGGAGUUGGUUCGAGACAUUUGCUCUGCCGGAACGAAAGGAGUUAGUUUGGGUUCGAAAGAAAUAGAAUUCGCUCCCGAAGGUUUAGCCGGCGGGAGUUACAGGGCCGCCGUGAAAACUGCUGGAAGUAUAUGCCUGCUGAUGCAGGUAGCCUUACCGUGCACCCUUUUCGCUCAAGGGCCCACUACGCUGUACCUAAAAGGGGGCACCAACGCUGAAAUGGCGCCUCAGAUAGACUAUAUGGUUGAAGUAUUCAGGCCCAACCUGGAGAAAUUCGGGGCUACUUUCGACUUCAACUUGCUGAGGAGGGGUUAUUUCCCGAAAGGCGGCGGUGAGGUUGUUAUUAAUGUUAAUCCCGUAGGUGAUUUGAAACCUGUGGAUAUUACGAAACAGGGAAGUAUCAAGUCGCUUUAUGGCUGGUCCUUUACGGCGGGGGUUUUGCCCAUAAAAAUGGCUCAUGCGAUGGCAGAAGGGGCCGUGGAAGUACUCAGAAAAAUCGGUAAAGUUGAUAUCGAACGAUACAAAGAAGACAGAAAUGUUGCUCCGGAUAAUUGCUCAGGAAUCAUUUUAGUAGCUGAAACAGACUCGCAGUGCUUCCUAGGAGGUUCAGCUUUGGGUAGAAAAGGCGAAUCAGCCGAAGAAACGGGUAAAAAAGCGGCUCAGGAAUUAUUAAAAUCUAUAGAAGAUGGUGCUUGUGUGGACCAGCAUUGCCAGGAUCAGUUGAUUAUUUUCAUGGCAUUGGCUAAAGGUCCUUCGCAAAUAAGAGUAGGAGACGUCUCUUUGCAUACAAAAACCGCCAUAUUUGUCGCUGAAAAACUACUUAAGAAUGUUCAUUUCGAAAUCGUUCCUGAUGGUACAACAAACAUAAUUAAAUGUACGGGUUCUUAA